AUGUCUUCUCAGCCUCUUCUCCAGACCACUCCUGGCAAGCGCAUCGCCCUGCCGACCCGCGUCGAGCCCAAGGUCUUCUUUGCCAACGAGCGAACCUUCCUGUCAUGGCUCAACUUCACCGUUAUCCUUGGCGCCCUGGCCAUUGGUAUGCUCAACUUCGGUGACCGCGUCGCCUUCAUUUCGGCGUUCCUCUUCACCGGCGUCGCCAUGUUGACCAUGCUGUAUGCCUUGGUGACAUACCACUGGCGAGCCAAGUCUAUACGAAUGAGGGGCCAGGCCGGCUUCGACGACCGCUUCGGUCCUACUGUUCUGGCCAUUAUCCUGCUCUUGGCCGUCAUUGUCAACUUUGUCCUCCGAAUCACCGACCAGCCCAGCAAGCACGGUAACAACUGA